GGAGAGGAUCGGGCGCGUUGUAAGGACGCCGACUCACAUUCCUCUCCAAAGUCUCUCUCCACCUUAUUUCUCUCUGACAUAUACACGCAGACAUUACACAGCAUGGGACUCUAAAUAUUCUCACUCAUCUAGUGGAAAUCGGACAUUUCUGCGUGUAUGCCAGAGCGGGAAAGAGACAGAAUGGGAUUGUAGUGUCUUCAUGAAACAGAUAUCAAUAUGACUCGCUCCGUGAGUUCCGUGGAUUUUACCCGCAGGCGAACAUCCAGCGAAUGAUGGACGAGAACAAGCAGCUCGCGCGGCAUAUCGAUGGCGCGAUCCGGUGCGCGAGUCCGGAGGUGACGAGCCUGCGUGCGGAGCUGACAGCCACCGGCCGCGGACCGGCGGAACUCGGAGAGCUAGAAGAACAGGGAGAACCGCAGGAACAUCAGCGGCAACAGAACCAGCACGAUGCAUCAGUGCUACGCCAGAAAGCGUUGAAUGACCUUGGUCAAAAAAGUGACUUUGUUAUCCAGGAAACAUCAUUAGAUAAAGUGCUGUUGCAUGAGGAGGUGGUGCGUCUGCAGGAGGAGGUGUCUGUGUUAAAGCAGGUGAGGGAGAUGUUGAAUCGUGAGCUGGAGGAGACAGGAGGUGGCUGCUCCGUAGAGAUGCUGUCGGUCUCGCAGCUCCGGGUCCAGCUGACGCAGAAAGAACAGGAGCUGGACCGAGCAAAGGAGGCAUUACAAGCAAUGAAAGCAGACAGGAAGCGUUUGAGGUUGGAGAGGACUGAUCUUGUAAAUCAGAUGCAGCAGCUUUAUACAACACUGGAAAGCCGAGAAGAGCAGCUACGAGACUUUAUACGCAACUACGAACAACAUCGAAAAGAGAGUGAAGAUGCAGUGAGAGUCUUGGCGAGGGAGAAGGAUUUGUUAGAGCGCGAAAAGUGGGACCUGCGUCGACAAACCAAAGAGUCCACGGAACACGCAAGUGCACUCCGCUCUGCACUGGACCUGAAAGAGAACCGGAUCAAGGAGCUGGAGGCUGAACUAGCUAUGAUGAGUAACUUUAUGGCUCAGAAACUAGAGAGCCGCGUGUUCGUUCGCUCUCCAGAAAGACCAGCCUCACCUAAAAAUGUGUCGGCAAAACAGUCUUUGGCUACUCUCACCAAGGAUGUUCCUAAGCGACACUCGCUGGCCAUGCCGACGGAGACAGUCGUCAACGGCAACCAGGAGUGGGCGAUGCAUGCAGAGCUUCCACUGACUGCGGCUAUACGACAGAGUCAGCAGAACCUUUACUACUCAAUGGACAGGGUUUUAAAAGCACCGCUGUGUGUUUGCGACACGGACAGCAUCGGCAUGAUGUCGUCAGCUGCAGCUCGUAUCAGUCCCUGUCACUCCAAACAACCGUCCGUCAUCUCUGACGCCCCUAUGAUGGAGGGAGAAAGAUGCCCAACCCCGUCAGAUUCUCCACGGCACAGAACACACUCUCUCUGCAACUCUCUAGAGGAUUUAGAGGAACAGAGACGCAGGAAGAAGAAGGAAAGGAUGGGACUGGGCUCUCUGUCGCGGGUGUUCGGUCGAGGGAAGCAAAGGAAGUCCAUGGAUCCAACUCUGUUUGAUGACUCUGACAGUGCAAUAAGCCCCACCCGUCUCAGCGUGAGCCUAUCGGAGUGCGAGGAACAGCUGGAUCGCCUGCAACAGGUGGAGCUCGCACGGACUGUGCCCAUGUCUCAUUGGCGCGCCGGAACCGUGCAGGCGUGGCUCGAGGUGAUCAUGGCCAUGCCGAUGUACGUCCGGGCAUGUGCAGAUAACGUCAAGAGUGGGAAGGUUUUAUUAGUAUUAACUGACGAGGACCUGGAGUUUGUUUUGGGAAUAAGCAAUUCAAUGCACCGCAGGAAACUGCGUCUGGCUGUUGAGGACUACAGGGGUGCAGAAUCAGGGCGUGGGCUUUCUAAAGCAGCUGAUAUGGAUCAUCACUGGGUAGCUCAAGCCUGGCUGACAGAUGUGGGUCUUCCUCAGUACUCCCAGUUCUUUCACACUCACCUGGUGGAUGGACGUCUCCUAAGUACACUCACACGAACAGACUUGGAUAAGCAUAUGCACGUGUCUAAAAAAGCCCAUCAGAGCAGCCUUCUGCUGGGAAUACAGCUGCUACACACUCUCAACUUGGACAAAGAGAUUUUGCAGUACAGGCGAGCAGAGUGUGAGAAUCAGAACACAGAUUCAAUGGUGUGGACUUGUCACCGUGUUGUCAAAUGGAUAAAGGAGAUUGAUCUAAAGGAAUUCGCUGACAACCUUCAGAACAGUGGGGUUCAUGGAGCUGUCAUGGUGUUGGAUUCCUCCUUCAACUCGGAUACCAUGGCAACAGCUUUAUGUAUUCCAAGCAGCAAGCACAUGGUCCGUCAUCACCUGAAUGAGGAAAUGGAGGCUCUUCUCAGUGCAGCCAGGGCAGGACUUGAUAAAGAAGUUGAACCAUUGGGAACUCCGCCCACACUACGACGGCAAAGUUCCUUAAGCAGCUCCUCGGCAAGUUGCCAUGAGGAUCAACAGUCUUUAAGGAGGGUGAAGCAGCAGCUGGGUCUCAGUCCAAAGAAUCUCACUGGACGGAAGAUCAGUCACCAAAAUCGGUCAGGCUCAUUUCCAAGGAAUGGACUUCAGGAAAUGUCACUACAGAAAGACCGAUGCCCAGUUCGACAUUUUUCUGCUGCUGAGCUCACUAAUGUAUGAGUUCUUUUGCUGACAAAACACAUCUAAAGAAUUCCAGAACUGUGUUUUUCAAAUGCUGGGAUUUCUUUAUCAAAGCAAAUCUUGACGAAAUCUCAAUGAAGAUUCACAUUUCAAAAACAGACUGUUAAGCUGUCUUUGGAUAUCACAGAAUCAAAAGAGCACAUGCAGACCAAACAUUUAUUUACAUGUUAAGAUGAAACUGACUAACAAUUAUGGGAACUGUAUAAUCACGGGUUAUUUGGGAGAAAGGUUGGUAUUUUUUGUGUAUUUGCAUUCAGUUUAUGACAGAUAACUCACAGUAUAGUAGAUGGAAAGGAAGUGCGUAUGAAACCACAAGAAUUUGUGGAACUCAAAGGCCUGGUUUCACAGACACAGCAUAGUUUAAAUCAGGACUAUGCCUAAAUUGAAUUAAGAUAUUCAUGUCGCCUUACUAAUAAUCCCUUAGAAGAAUACAUUACUCGUCUGGGGACAAAACAAUGGCACUGAUUAAUUUUAAGAUAUUUCUGGGAAAGUUAUGUUCAGUUAAGUCACACAUUAAUUUUGGUCAGGGACUAGCCUUAAGACUUGACUGUGAAACCGGCUCAUAAUGUUCGUCACUUUUAAACUGAUGUUUCAUUCUAUAACACAAAGUAUAGUUUUUCAGGCAACGUUUUUGUUUUUUGUUUGUUCAUUGUUGUGUUGCUGUCGAGUUACAGUAUCUGUGUAUUUCUAGAACGAUCUCCUGCAAUGUCUACCAUUUCCCACAAAGGAUUAAUCCAUUAUUUUAUCGUUCUGAGAAGGAUGCGUAAGAAUGUGUAAAACAGACCAGCACUCCUUGUUCUGCGUACUAUUAAAAAAGUUGUCUCAACUUUAACAGUCACAGUGUUGCCUAAUGCCUACUGUAAAUGGUGGACCUUUGUACAGUACCAUUACCAGAUUUCCAGCUCCCCAUAAAGUGGUUAAAUAUUGUUGAGCGUUAGUUCUGCUCUAGGAAUUAAUGCAUUUGAAUAAAUUAUGACUAAAAUAGUCGUGUGAGUGAUUUAACAUCCAACUCUCUUUACACAGUGGUGUGAUUUAAACUGGGGAUUCAAUAUACCGGUAUUGUAAAUAUUUGUGGUAUUAAAAGCCUUUUAUUGUUAUCAUGUCACAAUAGUCACAAACAUUAUC